AUGGACAAUGUCAGACGCCUUUCUGCUGGCUAUCGACGAGAGAUGUCCUCCGCUCCCCCCCGUGAUUUGCGCACGGCACGGAUGCUUGACUUUGGCUCCAAUUCAAAUGCCUCUCACAAUGUCACCCAGCGACAAUCGCCUUAUUUUGCUCCACCAAGACCUCUGGAGCCCGGCAUGUUCGAGCCUCACUCACCCCCCGAAGUUGAGAGGCCACUUGACGACUUUGACAGAGCUCUGCUCGAGGAGAGUUCGAGAGCACAGGGACGUGCAGGGAGACCGGGCCCGGUCCGGGUCUCGCUUCCUCUCAAGGCUCUCACACCAUCAAUGACCAGCAGCACGAGAAAAUUCUCACAAGAUGACUCGCGUGACAACUCAGACCUCCAGGCAUCUAGCUCUUCGCCCACUGCCCCGACCACGAGUCCCACAGUAUCUUUCCUCCAAAAUCGUCAACGGGAUAGAACGAAUCCAUCUCUUCCGGAAAAGGUCUCUGACUCAAGACUACAUAACAUUUCACCUGAGCAAGUCGGGUCCUCCUCCAACAUGACCACUGGAAACGUGAGAGCAGGCCGGACAUCAUCGCUGGGCAAUCAACCUACCUCAAUUCCACCUGUCGUCCAAGGAAUUCGGCUGGUCCCAGCCACUACACUGCCAGACCAGCUUCGUUCGGUGUUCAAGUUUGAGAUCUUCAAUGCUAUUCAGUCAAAAUGUUUUGAAAGUGCCUUCGAGUCGGAUGACAAUCUUGUCGUGUCUGCCCCGACUGGGAGCGGGAAGACUGUUAUCAUGGAGCUGGCUAUCUGCAGACUAAUAGCACAGUCCAAAGGUCGAGACUUCAAAGUUGUAUAUCAAGGCCCAACCAAAUCGUUGUGUUCGGAAAGACAUCGGGACUGGCAAACCCAGUUCGGUGCUCUGGGUUUACAUUGUGCCGAACUCACAGGCGACAGUGACCAUGGCGACUUGACCAAUGCACAGAAGGCAAACAUCAUCAUCACUACUCCAGAAAAAUGGGACAGCGUGACUCGAAAAUGGAAAGAUCAUGCCAAACUGAUGCAGCUUGUCAAACUCUUUCUUGUUGAUGAGGUGCAUAUUCUCAAGGACGAGCGCGGCGCUACUCUGGAAGCCGUCGUGUCAAGGAUGAAGUCCGUGAAAUCUAGUAUCAGAGUUAUUGCAUUAUCGGCCACUGUGCCGAAUUCGGAGGACGUUGCAACCUGGCUGGGAAAAGACUCUUCGUCGCAACACUUGCCAGCACGCAGAGAGGUCUUCGGAGAGAGUUUCCGGCCUGUCGAGCUCAAAAAGCACGUUUAUGGAUUUGAGGCGAAGAGCAAUGACUUCGCCUUUGAGUCGAUGUUGACACACCAGAUACCUGAAACUAUUGCAAAACAUGGGCGGGGGAAGCCUGUAAUGGUAUUUUGCUCUACUCGACGAGCUUCAGUUGUAACUGCCAAGAUGCUGGCAGAGAUGUGGUCGACCUCUCAUCCCUCACAGCGCCUUUGGAAAGGACCGGAAAAGCAGCUCUUCCUGACAAACCCUGAUCUGAAAGCCACUGCGGUCGCUGGAGUAGCAUUCCACCAUGGAGGCGUAGCUGCAGCAGAUCGGCACACGAUCGAGAAUGCCUUUUUAGACGGGCAGGUCAGUGUCAUAUGUAGCACUUCCACCCUCGCUGUUGGCGUGAACCUGCCCUGCUACCUGGUAAUCCUGAAAGGAACAAAGGCCUGGUCCGACAAUGGCUUCAAGGAGUAUGCAGAUCUGGAAGUCAUGCAAAUGCUCGGUAGAGCAGGGAGGCCACAGUUCGAAACUUCAGCAUGUGCAGUGAUUCUCACACGGAAGGACAAAGUUGCGCACUACCAAAAGAUGGUGUCAGGCGAAGAAAUGUUGGAGAGUUGUCUUCAUCAGAAUCUUAUCGAGCACCUCAAUGCAGAAAUUGUCCUCGGAACAGUACGUGACGUCGCAACGGCAAAGCAGUGGCUCGAGAGUACCUUCUUCUACGUCCGCCUGAAGAAAAAUCCCUCCUACUAUCAAUUUCGAGAGGGAGUCGAGGAAACUACCGAGGACGAAUUGCUCGAGCGACUGUGCAAGAAGGAUGUCGGGUCACUUCUGGACGCAGGACUUGUGGAACACAAGUCUCGAUUGACCUCGACGGCCUUCGGAGAGGCAAUGGCAAGGUACUACGUCCGUUUUGAUACGAUGAAAUCUUUCAUCCAGUUACCUCCCAAGGCGAGGACGUCGGAAAUCCUAUCCGCUUUGGCUCAAGCAAGAGAAUUCCGCGAAGUACGAAUGUUGGCUGGGGAGAAGUCUUUUUACAAAGAAAUCAACAAAGCCCCGGAAAUCAAGUUUCCGAUAAAGGUCGAUGUUGCUCUUCCAUGCCACAAGAUUUCUCUGCUGAUCCAGGCCGAGCUGGGUAGCGUCCCGCUACCUGACGGCGAAAACCACAAAAAGCAUCACCAACAGAGCCGAAUUGAUAAGAUUCCCGUCUUUGCCCAUGCGAAUCGACUGAUUCGGUGUAUCAUUGACUGUCAACUUCAUCUUGAGGACGGCGUCUCCGCUCGCAACGCGCUUGAGCUAGGGCGCAGUCUUGCGGCACGUGUCUGGGACAAUACUGCUAGCCAGCUAAGGCAAGUUGAAGGCCUUGGUGAAGUGGCUGUUCGAAGAUUGGCAUCGGCGUCCAUCAACAGUAUCAACACGCUUCUCAAUACAGAACCUUCGCGCAUCGAAGUGAUCCUUGGGAAGAAUCCUCCCUUCGGCUUUCAACUAUUGCAAAAGCUGGAAUCAUUUCCCAACCUGAGAGUGUCGGUCAAAGAGACUGCUCGAGAAGUUCGCAUUGGUGACGGUGUCAGAAUCAAAUUCAUUGCGGAACUUGGGUUCCUGAACAAGUCGGUCCCCCGUACGUUCAACAAAAAGUCAUUCUCUGUCUGCUUCUUGGCUGAGACAUCUCACGGAGCUCUGGUGGACUUCAGAAGAUUCAGCCCGAAAAAGCUUGAAAAUGAGGAACAAGUGUGUCUGGCUUUACACCUCACGAAACCAACUAGUCAUGUCAGCUGCUAUGUGAUGUGCGACAAUAUCGCUGGUACCAGUAAGUACGCCCAAUUGAAUCUAUCGAACAUUCCGACUUCGGCGUAUCGAGUGGCGGAGUUGCGGAACGAGGAGUUCGACGACGGCGGCAUCAACGACCAGGAUCUGCUUGACCUGGAAGGGGCAGCUGGAGCCAAAAUCGAAGUGAUCGAAGAUAUCGACGACAUUGUCGACAAAGAAACCAGGCAGAAGUGGAGAGCGCCAUCGCAGGAGGGCGCGCAGCAACACCAGUGCCCGAAUCCGGAGCACGCGGAAGAUGCCGAUAUUGCCAUAUAUCGAGAGCCUACACAACUACCUAGCGGGCGCUGGACUUGUCAACAUGACUGCAAUGAACGGGACAAGAAAUGCAAACACCGGUGCUGCAAAGAAGGCGUGGCAAAGCCCAGGCGCAGACCAAAAGUGGAGCCCAAGGUCAAAGAAGACGAGAAGAUCCAAAAGAAGAUAACAGCAGUGAUGAAACCGAAAGUCAAGCCAGAAGGCAAAGAUCUCCUGCAGUCGAUAGAUCUGACCACAGCAAAAUUGGAGAGAAAGCCAGACCAGGAUACAGCCAGAACUUCCAACAAACCACGCCUUUCAAGAAGCCGAAGCCUGAGAGGGACGACGGCAUCCAGUGACGCUAAGCGCGUUGAAGAACCUGCCGCGAAAAGAGUGAAGCUGUCAGAGUGUCGAAAAGCGGAGGCCUCCGCACACCCUUACGCAGAUCCCGGCUUCAAGACCCAAGAUUCACUGCAGUCUUCUCACAAUAGCCAGUCCGACGUCCUCAAGGAACACCACUCAAGUACCGGACAAGCCAACGAUGACUUUUUCAGACUGUUUUCCGAUGAAGACGACGACCUUGUCAAUUGCUCACUCGGAGAUCUUGGAUCAACAGAUGAACAUGCCUCACCAGCUGGAAAGAGUACUGGGGUCGUUGAGUCAACCAACCCCAUCCGCACAGACCCAGGUAACGACGACUGGGUCCCAGAAGAAGAGGAACAGAUGGACUUCUUGACUUCAGAUAUUGACCUCGGGUGUUUUGAUGCACCGCUCGAGCACGUUUCCUUGUCUGACGUUGUCAAGAAAAUUAAAACUCCUGCGACAAUUCAAGAGAGCUCUGCAGUGCCAGAACUACCAGAGUUUGCAGAUGAUGCGACCUUUGAUGAUGAUUUCUUCCUUGCCACUGCCGACCUUGAUGAGACUGCGACAAAUCAUCCUGGGAAAGUCGCUGACUCUGUCGGUCUUCCUUACGAGGAUAGCACAUCGAUUCUAGAUACGCCGGUCGAAUCAGUGGUGAAGACUCCGGAAAACCCCGAGCUCAUGGACGUCCCAGCAGAGACUGAGAAUGGUAUUGCGGAGCCUGCAGGCAAAGAGUCUAACUCUCAGCGGGAAAGGAGAUUGUACGAAGAAGACCAGCAGAGAAAAUGGGAAGGAAUCGAUCAGUGGAUAUAUGAUGAGUUCCACCAGUAUGUGGAGCUUGUUUGA